AUGACAACAUCAUCCACAACUCCUCAGUGUAGAGAUGAGGACUGUCAGUGUACCACAGGUACCUGUAUGUUCAACACAACACUUGGAAGAUGUCAUUGCCACUGUCAAGAGUUUGUUUUUGGUGAAAGCUGCUCUUUUGGAGAAAAUGACACCUCUGCUCAUAUUGAUACCGGAGCAAUACCAACUCGAAAAGCAAAUAUUACUUUGGCAAUCAAAAUGAUUUUUCAGCCAGCUUUUCAUAAUUUAAGCUCACCUCUAGCCCUUGAAUUCAUCCACACCUUGGAACUGCAGCUCAAAGCCCUAUGCAAAGAAGCAGAUCCACAAACCUUCAAAAAAGUGCAAGUCAUCAACUUAUCAAAUGGAAGUGUUGUUGCGGAGAGUGUGGCAGAAUACAGCUAUCCAAACAAUGAAACUCAAAUCCAGUUUAUCAACACUCAGCUCGAUAGGGUGUUGACUAAUAUCUUGAAUGACACACGUAACCUCAAUAAGAUUUCUCAGGCCUUUAAUAACAGCAGUGUGAACUUAAGUGGACUCAACUUCCAGCCACCUGCAGUUAUCAAUAUUACAGACUUGAUGCCUUAUGUUAACUGCACUCAGUUUGCUAAUUACACUGCUGAGAUUAGUAAUGGUCAAUGGCAGUGUGUGGGACCUUGCAAAACAAAUCCUGAUUACUGUCAUCAACAUGGACAAUGUCUCAAUGAUAUUCACAAAGGGCCUACCUGUAGGUGCUAUGAGUCUAGCCUGGAGCAGUUUUAUGGCCCACAGUGUGACCUCUUCCGUUGGGGUCCAGGUUUCUAUGGAGCACUAUUUGGAUCACUGGCAGCAGCACUCCUGCUCUUAAUUAUCAUUGUCUUUGCUGUCAUUGUGAAAAAGAAAUAUAUGGACGUUUGGAAAAGGAACAGCUCUUAUAACAGGAGACUAUCUGCCUUUGAGGAAGAUUUCUUUGACUUCUCUGAUACAGGUCACAACAAGACGUCCAGAGGUUUUGAACAUCAACCCUAG